AUGGGUUAUGAUGAUCCUUUGAAUAAAUCUAUUCCAAAUUCUUUAAAACCAAUACCUCAACAGUAUAUUGAUAGUCUCUUAGAUAACAACGCUAAUGUCCCGAUUAAGAUUGUCAAUGUUCAACCUAUUUCAAUAACAAAAGCAAAGGGUAAUACUUUAAGUUCUGAAACAUGGGAAGUUUAUAUCAAUUCAACCUUGUCUCAAUGUGAAAAAUUGUCAGAUAUACCAACUCAAUUAGAUAUUUUGAAUUCAAGAUUAUUGCAGGCAAAUUUGAUCAAUGGAUUACAUCCAAUAUUCCACACUAUAAAUUCGUCAACUUUUAAUUCUAAUAGCGAUGAUAUCAAUUUUUCUAAUCCUUUACCAAUUGUCGCCACGUUGUACUAUCAACCUAAAUCUAAAUUUGCUGCUAAAACAGGUACAAAUAUAACAAAUUCUGGACAAGGUGAUGGUUAUGUAUCCUUUCAAUCAAGAUUACCUACUGACGAUAUUGUAACAUUAGAUUAUAGACGUGAUACCGGCACUAAUUCAGGUACUAGGUUUUCUAUUAGUUCACCCUUCUUAAAAAGAACUCCCUUUUGGUCAUGGACUUUUGAUUUAUUUGAUAUUUGGAAAAAUGUUGGUGUAAAAGAUGUUGGUUGUACCAUGGGAAUAAGAAGUUGGUACAAUUCCACACGUCUGUGGAAUCUAGGUAUAAAUUAUGAAUUAAUUAAAAGAAAUUUUUCAUCUUUAAAAAUUCAUACUUCUUCGGUGCCAAGUUUAUCAAUUAGCCCAUCUAAAAAGAAUAUAUCAGAAUACUUAUUAAUUCAAGAUGGGACUUCUAUUAGACAAUCCUUGAAGGGGAAUUUGAUUUGGGAUUGUAGAGAUAAUUCAUUCGCUCCAACACGAGGACAUUUCUUCAAGGUUAAUUCAGAAUUAACACAUGUUGAAAGUGGUUCUAAGUUUUGGAAAAAUAUGUUUGAAUGUAAUAAAGUUCAGAGUUGGUUACAAAAUGAUUUUAUUACUAUGAGCACCACAUUUAGAUGUGGGUAUAUUACAAACUUAACUUUCUUACAAAAUAAAUAUAUUCAUUAUACUGACAAGUUUCAAAAUGGUGGUGCAAAUGAUAUUAGAUCAUUUCAAAAUAUGGGUAUUGGUCCAAGACACCUUGGAUGUAAUUUGGGUGGGGAUACCUUUAUGGCGUAUGGUGUAAGUGUUUUUUCUAAAUUGCCAAUUAAAAAAUUAUUAGACUCUAAUUUCAGGUUACAUUUUUUCUUUAAUGGUGGUAAAUUAGUUAACCACAAUAACAAUGAUUGGAUAUCAACUAUUAGUAAAUUAAGUAGUGAACAUUCAACAUCAAUUGGAACUGGUGUCACGUUAAGACAUCCUAUGGCUAGAUUUGAAUUGAACUUUGCUGUCCCAUUUACAUGCCAUUCGGAUGACUUACAAAGAAGAGGUUUCCAAUUUGGUCUUGGAUUUGAAUUCUUGUAG